CUUUACGAGACAGAAAGAAACAGGGACUUGGAAGGCGAAAACCGUUGGGUGGCGCUUUUCGAGAAACAGCCACCCCUUUGCCAAAUCAUUCAUUCAAUCAUCAGAUUAAAUAUCUUCCACUUCACUUCUAUUUAGACACCAAAUCCCAGAUUUCAAAUUUCCAAUUUCAAAACUUUGGAGCCUUUUUUAGGCCACAAAUCACUCAAGAAAACCUCGCUCUGUGUCCUUUAAAUACGUGCUCUUUGUAUUUUAUAUUAUAGUGCAGGAGGUGGAGAUGUCUCAUUCUUGAGUUUCUGAGUUCUCACACAUGAGAGAUCAAUAUGGGUGAUUCUGGAAAGAAAUCAAAGCAGCAAGACUUGCACGAAUCUUCACCAUCUGACACAGUGAAUGGGUCGUUGCUGAUUAAAUCAUUGAAGAUAAAGAAGGGUGGCAAAUUAUCUCAUAGAAAAAGCAAAAAAGCGAAAGCUAAACCUCGUCUGAAAACUAUCAUUAAUUCCUCUGUAUCAAAGAAAAAGGUUACUCCUAAGAAGGGCAUCAGGAAUGGCUCUACCAGUAGAAGAUUGAUUCACAGGAAAAUUCUGCAUAAAGCACUUGAUAAGAAGGCCUCAAGAAAUGGGGCUUCCUCAGAGCUCCAAGGCAAACAGUUGUCAGCUAUUGAUUCUGAGGGGAAUGGAAAAAAUGCUGAUGAAGGUGCAAUUAAAAAUGUCAAGAAGAGGAAGCCUAAGAAAAGGCAAAGGGACAAGGUAAAGCUAGAUGAACCAUCACGCUUGCAGAGGAGAGCAAGGUACUUGAUGAUUAAAAUGAAGCUGGAGCAGAAUCUUAUAGAUGCUUACUCUGGAGAAGGUUGGAAAGGUAAAAGUCGAGAGAAGAUUCGGCCAGAAAAGGAACUACUGAGAGCCAGGAAACAGAUUUUGAAAUGUAAACUUGGAUUACGUGAAAUAAUUCGGCUGGUGGAUUCUCUAAGUACAGUAGGAUGUAUUGAAGACGCUGUUAUGGCUCCAGAUGGAUCUGUUUCCCAUGAACAUAUAUUCUGUGCGAAGUGCAAAUUGAAUGAAGUUUCCCAAGAUAAUGAUAUUGUACUCUGUGAUGGGACAUGCAACUGUGCCUUCCACCAAAAAUGCCUUGAUCCUCCUUUGGAUACUGAAAAUAUACCUCCAGGAGAUCAGGGAUGGUUUUGCAAGUUCUGUGACUGUAGGAUGGAAAUUAUAGAAGCCAUGAAUGCUCAUUUGGGGACCCACUUCUCAGAGGACAGCGGUUGGCAGGAUAUUUUCAAAGAAGAAGCAGCAGUUCCUGAUGGUGGAAAUAUGCUAUUAAAUCCAGAAGAAGAAUGGCCUUCUGAUGAUUCCGAAGAUGAUGAUUAUGAUCCAGAGAGGAGAGAGAACAUCAUGAGUGGAGCAGGUACUGAUGAUGAUGCAUCUGAUGACACCAGCAAUUCAACCCGCUUGAGUUGGUCUUCAGAUGGUGAGGUUUUUUCAGGAUCGAGGAGGUGGGAGGUGGAUGGCUUGGACUUCAGAAACAAUUCUAUUUAUAGCAGUUUAGAUUCUGAUGAAACCAGUGAUGGGGAAAUUAUUUGUGGCCGUAGGCAGAGAAGAGCAGUUGAUUAUAAGAAGUUAUACAAUGAGAUGUUUGGAAAGGACGCUCCUGCACAUGAGCAACCCAGUGAAGAUGAAGAUUGGGGUCCUAGCAAAAGGAAGCGACGAGAGAAGGAGUCAGAUGCAGCCAGCACCCUAAUGACUCUUUAUGAAAGUAAAAGAAGAUGUAAAAAUGAUGCCACCAUUGAAGGCAUGAUGAAGCUUCCACGAGACCCUCAAAUUCGAAGGCCAAUUUUCAGGCUCCCCCCUGAUGCUGUUGAGAAACUUCGCCAAGUAUUUGCAGAGAAUGAACUUCCAUCGAGAACUGUCAAGGAGAAUCUAUCAAAAGAAUUGGGCCUUGAACCUGGGAAGGUUAGCAAAUGGUUCAAGAAUUCCCGUUAUUUAGCUCUGAAGUCUAGAAAGGUAGAGAAGGGAGAACAAGUUCAUUAUUCUAGUUCCAAAGUCUCUGCUGAACCCACUUUAAAUGUCAUGAAGGACAAAACUGCUGAUCUUUCACUGUUAAAGGAUAGCCAGGCAGAAACUGGGGUGUGUACCCCAAAGAAUUUGAAAAGGAUCUUGCAGAGGAAGAAGCCGAGGUCAAUAAGUAAAAGUUUAAAGAUAAAUGAACAGAAAAGAGGUUCCCUCGAAUCACCUCCUAAAAGCAAUGAGAUGAAUGUUGAGCACAAUGAUGAUCUGAGCUUGAAGAAGCUGUUAAAAGCGAAACCAAAGGGAGUAAAGAAAAAGGUUAAUCCUAUUUCAGCAGCUGCUGAAUCUGAUAUGGAGAAACUCUGUAGAGCAAAGACUAGAGUAGAGAAUCUGAAGCAGAAACUGGUGAAUCUACAAGCUGGCAAAGCUAGGAAGUCAUCCAAAAUCCGUCCGCUAGACGAGUCUGUUGUCUACGUUCCUAUUGCUGAGCUAAGAGAAAAGAAAUGACACUGAGAAACCUAUAUUAUUAUUUGCGAUGCAUUUCGUUCACACUUUUGCAGGCAGAGCUGGCAUUGUACGUCUCAUGUUUCUAAUCAGUGUAAUGCCAAUCAUCGGACUCUCCUUACACAAGUACCUUGUUUUCUUAGAAAGAAAACAAAUACAAAAUUUCUCCUCCUUGCUCCA